AUGCAUCCACAUGUACACGCUCUCUCUCAUAUUGUUCAGCACAACGGAGCCAUCAGUGGGUCUCCUAUUGUGUUUGGGCCAAGUGCCACAGGGCCCGGUCUGGGUUCUACUGGCUGUCCAAUACGCAUGGUCAGCCAUGUCAGCCUCAAUCUAACCCCAGCAACCUUCCUCUGGAUUAAAGAAGCCAUGAUGCUGCUUGAUAUAAACCCUGCUACUGGCCAAAAGUCGUUGGCCAUUUCCCCACUACCUAAGCAUUUAGAUAUCCUAGCAGACUGA